UCAGUGCGCGUGAGAGCGGGUACUGUGAACUGAGCCGGACUGGACUGCGCGCGCUCUGUACACACACACACACACACACACACACGUCUCGAUAAGCGGAGUGGGGCAGCGCGUGCGAGCUGCGGUGUACAGUGUAUACAGUAUUUACAGUACAGACUGACCUUAUCUUGUUUACAAAGAUAACUGACCAGACUGCUGAGCGGAACGAGAGCGAGACUCAUGAGUUGGUCCGGCGGGUUUCGGAGAUGUUAUGGAUCUGACUAAAAUGGGUAUCAUACAGCUCCAGAACCCCACCCACCCCACGGCGCUGCUGCACAAGGCCAAUCAGAUGCGCCUGGCCGGCACGCUGUGCGAUGUGGUCAUCAUGGUGGACAGCCAGGAGUUCCACGCUCACCGGACGGUCCUGGCCUGCACCAGCAAGAUGUUCGAGAUCCUCUUCCACCGCAACAGCCAGCAUUACACCCUCGACUUUCUCUCGCCAAAGACUUUCCAGCAGAUUCUCGAAUACGCCUACACUGCCACGCUCCAGGCCAAAGUGGAAGACCUGGACGACUUGCUGUACGCAGCAGAGAUACUCGAGAUCGAGUAUCUUGAGGAGCAAUGCCUGAAGAUCCUGGAGACGAUCCAGUCUUCGGAUGAAAACGACACAGAGGUGAACAUGAACGAGGAGGACGACGAACACAAAGGGAGGCACGGCAGGAGCAACGCCAGCUCGAAGAAGCAUUCCAUGGAGGAUGGUAGCUAUGUAACACAGCAAGCUCUCACAAUGUCGGGUAUGGUGGACCAGAGCCCGUCUGUCUCCACGUCCUUGGGUCUGUCGACGAUGAGCUCGACUAAAGCAGCAGUGGACAGCUUAAUGAGCAUCGGCCAGUCGCUGUUUCAGCAGGGCAACUCUCACCCAAUGGUGCAAGAGAUCAAGACUGAGAUGAUGCAGGUGGAUGAAACCGGAGGUCGUAACAGCCCACGACCCAUGGAUUCUAACACCACAAGUAACGGUGAUCGCAACAGCGAUGCUGACAAGAGCCGCGAUGGACCUGGUACCCCCACCAGGAGCAGUGUCAUCACCAGCGCCCGUGAGCUCCAGUAUGUCCGUGAGGAUGGUCCGGGAGGUGACCAGCCACCCGACGUCACCCAUAUGGGUCUGGAGGGAAUGGCACAACUUACAGAGAAACACCUGGCCUCACUAUAUGGCCUCCCACCCAACCAUAAGGGUGAGGGCUUGCUGACCAUGCCUCCGUCCAUGGCCACGACCCUGCACAUGUCUCAUCCCUUGGCCAUGUCUAUGGACUUUAGCGCAUAUAGUAGCCUUCUGCCACAGAGCUUCAUCCAGAGGGAGUUCUUCAACAAGCUGGGUGAGCUGGCAGCCGGGAUGAAGCCGGACGGACGCGGCGGGCCUCAUGAGCGCUGUAACGUCUGCGGUGCCGAACUGCCGGAUAACGAGGCCGUGGAGCAACACAGGAAGCUGCACAGCGGAAUGAAGACCUACGGCUGCGAGCUGUGCGGCAAGCACUUUCUCGACAGCCUGCGCCUGAGGAUGCACUUGCUGUCUCACUCAGCCGGUGAGAAAGCCAUCGUGUGCGACCAGUGUGGAGCUCAGUUCCAGAAGGAGGAAGACCUGGAGGUGCACAGACAGAUCCACACAGGAUCAGACAUGGCCAUCUUCUGUCUGCUCUGUGGGAAACGUUUCCAGACGCAGACGGCGCUGCAGCAGCACAUGGAGGUUCACGCCGGCGUCCGCAGCUACAUCUGCAGCGAGUGCAAUCGCACCUUUCCCAGCCACACGGCCCUCAAGCGCCACCUUCGCUCCCACACAGGUGACCACCCGUACGAGUGCGAGUUCUGUGGAAGCUGUUUCCGUGAUGAGAGCACGCUAAAGGGUCACAAGCGGAUCCACACCGGAGAGAAACCCUACGAAUGUAACGGCUGCGGCAAGAAGUUCAGCCUCAAACACCAGCUGGAGACCCACUACCGCGUCCACACAGGCGAGAAGCCGUUCGAGUGCAAGCUGUGCCACCAGCGCUCCAGGGACUACUCGGCCAUGAUCAAGCACCUGCGCACCCACAACGGUGCCUCGCCCUACCAGUGCACCAUCUGCCUGGAAUACUGCCCCAGCCUGUCCACCAUGCAAAAGCACAUGAAGGGCCACAAGCCUGAGGACAUCCCGCCCGACUGGAGGAUCGAGAAGACCUACCUGUACCUGUGCUACGUCUGACCGAGCCUGAGA